CUCUUCCUUUGUCUUUCCCUUUCACUCCAACUCAAACACUUGCCAUCAUUCUCUCUCUUUCUCUCAUAUCUCUCUUCAACCAAAACCUUCUUCCAAAGCAUGUUGAUUCCUCAUCCAUCAAUGCUAGUUGCACCACAAAACAACAUCCAAGUUCAACCAUUGAACUUGGAUGCACCUCUUUCAAACCACACCAACAUACCCACUGAGUUUGUGUGGCCUGACAAUGAGAAACCAUGUCUUCAGCCACCAACACUCAAGAUUCCACCCAUUGACAUGAAGGCCUUUCUCUCAAACGAUCCACAGGCUGUGGCAAAAGUUUGUGCAGAAGUCAGUGAGGCAUGCAAGAAGCAUGGCUUCUUUCUUGUUGUCAACCAUGGAGUUGACAAGAAGCUCCUGGAGAAAGCUCAUAAGCUCAUAGACACUUUCUUCUGCAUGGACCUGCCAGAGAAGCAGAAGAUGCAGAGAAAGUUAGGAGAACACUGUGGCUUUGCUAAUAGCUUUAUAGGAAGGUUCGCCUCCAAACUUCCUUGGAAGGAAACCCUUUCUUUCCAUUACUCUAAUGAUAAAUCCACCAGAACUGUUGAGGACUAUUUUCUAACUUCCAUGGGAGAAGAUUUCAAGGAGUUUGGGAGUUUUUUUCAAGAGUACUGUGAAGUGAUGAGCAAUCUGUCUCUUGAGAUCAUGGAGCUUUUGGGAAUGAGCCUCGGAGUAAGCAGAGAAUGUUUCAGAGAUUUCUUCGAAGACAAUGAGUCUGUUAUGAGGUUGAACUACUACCCACCAUGCCAAAAACCUGAGUUAGCCUUAGGAACUGGACCUCACUGUGACCCUACUUCCCUAACCGUUCUCCACCAAGAUCAAGUCGAGGGCCUCCAAGUCUUUGUCGACGGAAGAUGGUGCUCUGUCGCCCCAAAAGAAGAUGCUUUCGUUGUCAACAUUGGCGACACAUUUAUGGCUCUUUCCAAUGGGACAUUCAAGAGUUGCUUGCAUAGAGCUGUUGUGAACAACCAGAUUGUGAGAAAAUCUCUUGCUUUCUUCCUUUGUCCAAAACAAGACAAAGUGGUCACUCCUCCAAAGGAACUAAUUACCAAAGAGAAUCCAAAGAAAUAUCCAGAUUUCACAUGGGCAACUCUUCUUGAAUUCACACAGUUACAUUACCGGUCUGACGAGGAAACACUUGAUGCCUUCUCGAAAUGGUUACUAGAGAAAAACAAGUGAAAAGGUGGCCCCGACCACUGUUCCAUGACCAACAACACUCUAAACUUAGCUUUAACUUGUAUCUGUUUCUGUGAGGAAGAUGACAUCAUUUGAAGUUAAGAAGAGUGUUUUUGGUGGGCUGGUUCUCAAGAACAAGAUAAAAUAAAGAUCAGUAAAUGUUGUUAGUGUUGGGAGAAUAAGUGCAAAUGGAAGAACUAAGGCCAUCUUUUUAGGAAUAAAGAGUUUAUUUUAUGUAGUUGUCACUACUAAUGCAUUACUAGUUGUCUUAAACUUUGUUCUAAUUUCCUGUUAAGCAUAUCAUGUCCAACUUUUAAUUAUUCAAUAAAUUGCUUUGCAUUUCUGUCA